UUGAGAACUCACAAAUUCAUACAUAAGCUUCCACAUACAAAGUUCCAGCAAUACUUCUAGUCUUUCAAAGUAAAUCUCGAGAGUAUAUCGUGGUAGUUAGUUUGCAGAUUCUGUUUUGAGUGAAGCAAAACAGUCUCACGUGGUUUUAUCAUGAGACUCAAAAUCGUACAAAAACCGUUUCACCUACGGGCGAUUUAUUGAGUUAAGGAAAGGGAAAAAGGUUAUAAAAGCAGAGCCCAAAUCGACUUAUCAUAACUACAAACACACAUCUUUCUCUCUUCUAUAUUCUUCUUUGGCUUCGAACUUUCACUUUUCGUUUCACUUUUCGACCGGCAAACGACCACUAGCAUGGGUCAUGAAUGUAUCGAUGCAUCGAAGGAGUUCAAAUUUGGUGAGGAUGUCAAAAGUGGAGUGACUGAGAUUGUUCUUGUUCGCCAUGGAGAAACCACUUGGAAUGCUGCUGGAAGAAUCCAGGGACAAAUAGAGUCAGACCUUAACGAAGUUGGGCUAAAGCAGGCUGUAGCAAUCGCUGAGAGAUUGGGGAAAGAGGAGAGACCCGUAGCUGUGUAUUCAUCUGACCUCAAGCGAGCGAAAGACACUGCUCUGAUGAUCGCAGAAGCUUGUUUUUGUCCCGAGGUGACUGAAGUACCUGACUUAAAGGAGAGGCAUGUGGGUAGUCUUCAAGGGUUGUACUGGAAAGAAGGAGCAGAGAAAGAACCUGAAGCUUACUCUGCUUUCUUUUCUUCCCAAAAUGACCUCGAGAUUCCUGGAGGAGGAGAGAGCUUUGACCAACUUUGUGAGAGAUCCAUGAAUGCUCUUGAGCAAAUUGCCAAGAAGCACAAAGGAGAGAGAGUGAUAGUGGUGACUCAUGGAGGAGUGUUAAGGGCAAUUUACUUGAUGAUCACAAAAGCUUCAUCAGCUGGAAAACUACUUAAUGCUUCGGUGAAUGUUGUUCACUUCAAUGAGGAGAAAUGGAUCAUUGAUUCGUGGAGCGAUGUCUCGCAUCUCUCCUCCGUUGGUUUUCUCCAACGUGGUUUUGAUGGAGACUCCAAGCCCUAGAGAGCUAUCCUCUUCUCUAUGCUUAUUUCGAGCGAGAAAAGUCUUCUAUAUUCUAUAAUGUACUUCUUUGAUGUUUUCUGAUUGUCUUUUUUUUUUCCUUUGCUAAGAUGUGUUUCCGAUUAUGAGAUCGAUGUCCUUCUGUAAAAGUUUAUAUCUUCUUGUAAUUUGCAAUAAUCGAUUUAUAAAAGAUCUUUAAAUUUCCAAAUUGUUAGAUACAAAGAGUUCCAAGGAAAAAGAAAUCAUACCAAAUGAAUCUUGAAAAUUUCCAAUAAUAAAAUUUUAAACUGAGAAGAUAAUGUGUUCACUAUUGGGCAGUAAAGAGUGGUUACUUAUGCUUGGUCACAGGGAAGAACUAA